UAUCGGCAUCGCUAUCGUAAAUCCAAGUUUCCGUUACAAAAACAUCGUCGGAAAGUUGUAACACGAACACAAUCAGAGACAGAUAUUAAUGCCGACAUUUCGGAAUGUGAACAAACCGAAAAUCCUCCAAAAGUCAGUUCGAAACUAGAAACUUUCACUAAAAUGCUAUUCAAUCGCUCAAGUUCGCUACAACACAGUCCAAAAAAGGUGACCAGCUCAUCGUCAACCACGUGGAUGGAAAAUUUAUGGACAAACAUGAAAUUUCAGAGAUCUGCCGAGCCCACACCGCCAGAACGAGCGUUGCGUGAACGAGCAUACAUUUCGAGCCAAGAAUGGGUAGAGAAAUCGGAUGGCCGUUACAAGAUCAUGGCCCAUUUGGAUACUAUCGGCUUUAGAGAGGAUAAAAACUGGUUCUUGCUGAACGAUACAACAGUCCGAACGAAUCGUCUGAUGACGUGGAUUCCAUUACCAGCCGAUUGUGUUGCCCUGGAAGAACUAGCCCCUUUCAAUUCACCAAAAGGAAUACUGAUGGAAUUGCUCGCUUCAUUGCAACAUCCAUACAUUUAUCCAGUGCUAGAUCUGGGCAUUUUCAAUUCGAACCAAACGAAUUUCGCGUGUCUCGUUAUGCCGAUCAAUGAGCGUGGCAGCCUCAAAGAUUAUAUUUACAAAGCGAUACGGUGGAAUGAGCCAUGGAGACGUAAAUACGCAAAAAAGUCAAUUUGUUUGACAUUGGCACAGGUGCAACGGUUUGGUCGACAUAUUUUGGAAGCGUUGCUAUUUCUGCGCGAACGAGGCAUUCCAUCACAUGGCCACUUGCAUAGCGGCAAUGUCAUACUACAAAAUGGUGUUGCCAGGUUAUCGGGAUUGGAAAAUGGUUUGCUCGGCCUAGACUCGAAAGUGAAUGCGAUUGAUUCGGCAAAGAAUAUUGCUGAUGUUGAACACAGGGAUGUUAUUUGCUUCGGCCAUUUACUCUUUGAAAUGUGCACGGGAUUUGAAUUGCUAACACCGCGCCCAACCGCUGACAACUUGUUCUUAGACUUGGAACGAUAUCCAAAGGUGGUCAAAGUGCUGCAAUGGAUUUUUGAAUCUCCCGGUGAUCGAUAUCCAACUGUUGCGGAACUUGUGCGAUGUGAUUUAUUCCGACACGUCGAAUUACGUGAAAUGAGGGGAGCAUCAAUUUCGCAUUAG